AAGUUUUCAUUAAAAGUUGUCUUCAGCUUUUGUGUGAUAGGAUCUAACGCAUAUAUAGCAUUUGUUUUUGCCGUAAUUACAAAUAACGUAUAAAAUGGUCAACUGGUAGGGAAUUGACGAUAAUAUGUUAAUAAUUCAAUACCCAAGAGAUUCGUCACACGCGAGCUCUCACGAAUCCCGAUGGAGGUCAACAAGGAAGAAGCACAGCGAUGCAUCACAAUCGCGAUUGCCGCCGUCAAGAUUGGCAAUGUGGAGAGAGCGGAAAAGUUCCUGCAGAAAUCUAUCAAACUCUAUCCGACAAAGGAGGCUGAGAUUCUGUUGAGUCGAGUUCGAAAUGCCAACUCGGCAAAAAGUGCUUCCGGUCGAACGGAAGAACCCACUCGGCGCAGACCAAUGAAUAAGGAAAAUGAAAAACCUCAAGAACCAAAGCUUAACAUUGACUACACCCAGGAACAGUUGGAUGUGGUGAAAAGAGUAAAAGAAUGCAAGGAUUACUACGAAGUGCUCGGGGUUACCAAGGAGGCAACCGAUUCGGAGAUUAAGAAAGCGUACAAGAAGUUGGCACUACAACUUCAUCCGGAUAAAAAUAAAGCGCCAGGAGCAGUGGAAGCAUUUAAAUCGCUGGGCAAUGCGGUGGCAAUUUUGACCGACGUUCAGAAACGUAAAGAGUACGAUUUAUAUGGCAAUCAGGAAUCGCAUCGGUCCAGUGGUGGAUCAUACAAUCAUCGCGAGUAUAAUUUCACGCGUAGCUUCGAGUCGGACAUCAAUCCGAACGGUCUGUUUAAUAUGUUCUUCGGGGGAGGUUUUCCGCCGCAGCAUACUCGCGGACGAACGCGAUGGCAAUCGCAAGAAUCCUCAACGGGAAGCAAUCCCAGUGUGGUGUUCGGUUGUGUGGUUUGCUUCAUUGUAGCUUCUUUACUGUCCACCUAUCUCGCAUCGGAUCCACUAUACAGCCUACAGCAGACUCCAAAAUACUCAACGGAACGCAGAACGCUCAAUUUUAAGAUUCCAUACUACGUGAAGGAUAACUUCGUGAGCGAAUAUCAGGGUUCGCUGAGCCGGCUGGAGCAUUCGGUCGAGGAAGAGUACAUUCUGUACAUGAAACGAAGCUGCAACAACGAACGGAACUAUCGGGACGCGAUGAUGGCCCGGGCCAAGAGCUUCGGCAGCCGAACUCAGUUGAAUCAAGCUCAGCAGCUUAAGAUGCCUUCGUGUGAUGCCCUGUACAAGCUGGGCAUAGGUCGAGUAAACUACUAACUACGGGAAGAGAGCGCUUAUUCAUUGCACGUAUGGUAUUUAUUAUGGUUUUCUUCGACACAUUCUUGUAUUGAGCUUUUAGCGGUUAUACGGAAGAUUCAGGUUCGUAGGCAGUUGUAUCAGAUUCAGUAGUCAUUUUCAGGUUGAAAUAAAAAAUGCCAUGUAGCAGAAUCUGGUUGCGGAAAAAUCCUAUCGGCAGGCUGCCAGUAGUUAAUUAAUUUUAUUAAAGAUAUUUGUAUUAUCGAAAACGUAAAUUAUUUCGAAAUAAAAAUGGUUCAUUCCUAAGACGGAACGAGCGUAUA